CAAAAAAAUAAAUAAAUAAAAUUGAACAAUCAAUCGACAAAUUCCCCCCCAAAAAAAAAAAAAAGCCUCGUGGUCGCGCUCUUUUAGAUUUUACCGAUUCAUUCCUUUCUCCCCCUUUUGAAACCCUGAUUGUGCAAAAUAUCCCCAAAAAAAAAAAAGAAGCAAAUAACAAACGUGUUUAGAUAAGAAGGGCCGUUGGAUUGGGGCUGCGGCGAAUCGAAGAGCGUUAAUGAUCGGACAUUCUGUUGGGGCGUGAGACGGGGAACCCGUUUCCGUUGGGAGGAAAGGGUGUUUUAGAUUUUUCGAUGGGCGGCUUCCGAGAUAGGUCGCCUGAACCAAACGGCGUCCCGUCGGAAGAGAGGUCUUUCACGUCAUCGUCUUCAUCAUCGAAUCAAGCGGGGAUUAGUGUGGAGUAUUGGAAAAAGGCUGAGGAAGCGACGCAGGGUAUCAUUGCCCAGGUUCAGCCAACUGUUGUUUCCGAAGAGAGAAGAAAAGCGGUUAUCGAUUACGUUCAGAGAUUAAUCAGGCAUUAUCUUGGUUACGAGGUAUUUCCAUUUGGGUCAGUGCCCUUGAAGACCUAUCUUCCUGAUGGAGAUAUUGAUUUGACAGCCUUUGGUGGCCUAAACCUUGAGGAGGCUCUGGCCAAUAAUGUUUGUUCUGUCCUUGAAAGAGAAGACCAUAACAGAGCUGCAGAGUUUGUGGUGAAGGAUGUCCAAUUAAUUCGGGCAGAGGUUAAGCUUGUAAAGUGUGUAGUGCAGAACAUUGUGGUAGAUAUCUCUUUUAAUCAGUUAGGAGGGCUAUGUACCUUGUGCUUUCUUGAGAAGGUUGAUCAUCUUAUUGGAAAAGAUCAUCUAUUUAAACGCAGUAUUAUAUUGAUAAAAGCUUGGUGCUACUAUGAGAGCCGUAUUCUUGGGGCUCAUCAUGGCUUGAUUUCUACCUAUGCAUUGGAGACUUUGGUGUUGUACAUUUUCCAUCUAUUCCACUCAUCACUAGAUGGUCCUUUAGCGGUUUUAUAUAAAUUUUUGGAUUACUUUAGCAAAUUUGAUUGGGAAAACUACUGCAUCAGUUUGAAUGGUCCGAUCCAUAUAUCUUCCCUGCCAGACAUUGUUGUUGAGAGGCCCGAAAAUGGUGGGGGAGAUUUACUGCUCAACAAUGAUUUUCUCAGUGAAUGUGUGAAAAUGUUCUCAGUUUCGUCAAGGGGAUUUGAGACUAAUUCACGAACAUUCCCUCAAAAGCAUCUAAACAUAGUAGAUCCUUUAAGAGAAAGCAAUAAUCUUGGUCGCAGUGUGAGCAAAGGGAACUUUUAUCGUAUAAGAAGUGCUUUCACUUAUGGAGCUCGGAAGCUGGGGCAGAUUAUUUCCCAGGCAGAAGAAUGCAUAGCAGAUGAACUUCAUAAGUUUUUCUCAAACACUCUGGAUAGGCAUGGAAGUGUACAGAGGCCUGAUGUUCAAGAUCCUGACCCGUUGUCUAGAUUCAGUGGAUUUGGUGCGACAUCAUCAGUUUCAGGUACAGAGUCAUGUGUAGAAGAUCAAACCUUUUAUGAAUCAGAAUCUUCAAAUUCAAUUACCAUGACCUGGAAUUAUAGAUCUGAUAAUGAGGGAUUAUUGCACAAAGUGAAUAAUGGCAAUGUAUCUGGGAAGGAAACAAAUUUUAGUAGAACCCUUAAUGAACCCCAAGGUUCUGCAAAUACUAUAAGUGUUUCAGAAAUCCGUCUUUGUGGAGAUGCUAAAGACCUUGCAACCUCCAGAGUUCAAGGUCAUGUAAUUUCAAAUGAUGCACACAAAUCUUGUCCUCCAAAUGCGGAGAGCAGUGUUUCUUCAUCGGAUAAUGUACAGCAUGAACCUCAUCCCUAUUUCUGUAGCUCAUCUUUGGAUAAUGGAGAUAUAAGAAAUGGAAAUGCAGAAUGCAAACAUUCAAAAAAUCCCGGCUUUACUGAAAAGAAUGUUACUUCUGGUAUUCUUCCAGCAACCAUUGAGGAUAUGGGCAGUAAUGUACAUGGUGAUCACAGUGAGAAUCAUUUGGUUGGUCAAGGGGUUAAGUCCCCUGUUGGAUCGAAACACCAUUCAUUGAUUUCAAAUUCUGCUUGGUCAUCUGAUGAUCUAUAUCCUGGAUAUUCCAGUUUUCCAGCUUCCAGUAGUGCUGCUGGAAGUCAGGAAGCUUUGAGCUCAUUGUCAGAUCUCUGUGGGGAUUAUGAUACUCACUUACGUAAUUUGAAUUAUGGCUGGUGGUGCUAUGACUAUGCCUUCAGUGCAUCUGGUCCUUCAAUUUCUUCACCUUUGGUUCCUCAGUUCCAGAGCCAGAAUUCAUGGCAGUUCAGGCGAAAUGCAAUUUCCCUGAUGAAUGCUAAUGGCAUUGUCCCACGGCAAGCCUACUAUCCCAUCAAACCACCAAUGCUACAUGUUGUAGGCUUUGGAAGGGAAGAAAUGCCAAGGCCUCGAGGAACAGGGACAUACUUUCCCAAUCCAAACAUGAACCAUUACAGGGAUAGGUCCUUGGCAGCAAGGGGAAGGAUUCCAGCAUCAGCAAGGUCUCCUCGCAACAAUGGCCGAGCAAUUACAUCCCCAGAUAUGAAAUCACCAGAGAGAAGCAGCUGUGAGCUGCCAAAAGUGCAGUCAUUAAAUCAAGGCGGUGGAAAAUCUGGGUCUUCAGAUCUGCACCACUCUUUUUCUGAAAAAGCGCUAUACCCUAAUGUAAAUGGCUCAAUGCAUCAACAAGACAGGGAUGUAGAAUUUGGGUCAAUCAGGCCCCUACCUUUGGGGCCAGCCUCUACAGAAAGCAGCAAGCAACAUAAUCCGGGUUCUCCUCGUGCUCAAAACUUGACUGCAAGUCACCCACAAUUAGGAAUGCAAAGGCCAAAAUCAGCUGUGGUCAUGGAUCGUGACAGGAUACUUGUACAAUCAUUCCAUUUAAAAGAUGAAGAAGAUUUUCCACCUUUAUCCAUCUGAUACCAGUGAAAAGAAAGGAAUGAUCUUUGGUUUACACGGUUGAAAAGUUUGGAAGAAUAGAACAGCUAAUGCUAAAAAGCCAGCCUGAACCUUUUGAUAUCCGUUACAAAGCUUUAUGUGUGGAGUUGAUGAUUUUGUGUGGUUCAAAGGCAUUUGUACAUUAUACUAAUUUGUUUCGCUUUAAUCGAGGUAGCUGUGCUUGAUAGCGAGUUGUUUCAUGUAUAGGAUUGUUGAGUUAUGCCCUUUUUUGCCCAGGUUUUGACAUCUUUGCCACUAAUGGUUGGCAAAACAGUAUAUUGCUAAUUGUCGAUGGAACUUUAACUGCAAAAUAGUGUUCUUUUCGCAGCUUUAAUGGUUUAAUUUUUCUGGUUCUGGAUACCGUUGCUUUCAAUAAAUUCGAUAUCCAAGCUUUCGUCCUUAGAAAGCAGAUGACGACUAUGCCCAAAC